AUGGUAGUUUUAAGCUCACUGCCUCCGCCUUCUGAAGGUGUUGACCACGUACAGGCUGACACACAAGCGUUUAUAGAUGAGAACUGUUUGGGGAAUGGUACACUUUAUAUUGCAAAGGAACGUUUGUCGUGGUGUGGUAUUAGUGGCCAAGGAUUCUCACUGGAAUACACCGCCAUCGCUGUACAUGCUGUUUGUAAAGAUAUUUCAAAGUUCCCUCAUGAGUGCAUUUACUGCAUGCUUGAUUCUUCUAUAAAUGAAACUAAUGAAGAUGAUGAAGAUUCCAAAAUCAGUGAAGUAAGAUUUGUGCCAGAGGACAAAACAAGUUUGGAGAGAAUGUUCAAUGUCUUGUCAGACUGUCAAGCACUUCAUCCUGACCCACAAGAAGAAGCAGAAGAAGAAAUGGCAGGUAUGAAGUACUGUCACAAUAAUGCCAACACAGGUUUACUCAGAGCAUACUAUAAAUUAUUACCAUAA